AUGUUUUCUCAUCUCAAACGCGAACACCGUCUGAUCCUGGUAAUCAGCAUUUCUGCGUCUUUCUUCCUGGCAGAAAUCGCAGUCGGAUUUUAUACCCGCUCUCUGGCCUUGGUCGCAGACGCUUUCCACUAUCUGAACGAUCUUGUCGGCUUCAUUGUCGCGCUGGUAGCGCUCAAGAUCUCCCAACGCAGCAAACACCCUAAAGAGCUUUCUUUCGGCUGGCAGCGCGCACAAUUAUUGGGUGCUUUUUUCAAUGGCGUUUUCCUCCUGUCUCUGGGAAUCAGCAUCUUUCUUCAGUCCAUCGAUCGCUUUGUGUCGUUAGAGCGAAUUGAAAACCCCAAGCUUGUGCUGAUCAUUGGUUGCGUCGGGUUGGCUUUGAACCUGAUCAGUGGAUUGUUCCUGCAUGAACACGACCAUGGUGAAACCAACACGCCAGAUCCAUCCGACGACGACCUGGAGCUUUCAACGUCCCUGUCUAGGCUCGAACGCAGGAGUUCCUUGUCCGCUCGGGUCCUGCGCCCUCACCUCGAGCACCGACACAAUGUCAAGUCACAAGCGAAGAAGGGCCAUGAUCUGGGAAUGAUGGGUGUGCUUAUCCAUGUCCUCGGUGAUGCAGCGAACAAUCUCGGGGUUAUUAUUGCUGCGUUGGUGAUCUGGAAGGCCAAAUAUGAGGGGAGAUACUAUGCCGAUCCUGCUGUCAGCAUGGCGAUUGCGAUCGUGAUCCUCCUCUCGUCGCUUCCUCUAGUUCGGAAAAGUGGAACCAUUUUGCUGCAGAGCGUUCCGCUAGGCGUUGAUCCGGAAGAUGUCAAGCACGACCUUGAAGCUAUUCCCGGCGUCGAAUCCGUCCAUGAGCUGCAUAUCUGGCGACUCAACCAGGAGAAAGCCCUUGCAUCGGUGCAUCUGGCAGUCUCCGAUGAACUGAUCGCCGAUUUUAUGGACAAGGCCAAGAUUAUCAACGAGUGUUUCCAUGCGUAUGGGAUCCAUUCCACGACCUUGCAGCCGGAGCAUGUCCGUCCAAUUCCCAGCGAUAGUAGAUCAAUCCAGGGUCAGGACACCGCAGAAUUGAUUGUUGAAGGCGGAGUCAAGAAGCGACAUGUUGUCAACCCCAGUUCUGGCUGUUUGUCGGAAACCCUGUCGACAUGCUUGAUCAAUUGUGGGAGUACCUGUAAAGGGUACACAUGCUGCAGUCGGGAUAAGUCGCUCUAA